AUGAGAGGUGAGUUUGGGAAUUUUAUCAUAUAUCUUUAUGCGCAAAAUUUGGGGCAUCUAAAUCUGGCAAACGCAGUGGGAUUGAGGGCAAGGUCGUCGUUGAAGCAAGAGAUCGCUACCAACGACGACGAGGACUGUCGGCCUUGGCGUCGGAGGAUAUUGUCGUCGAUGGCGGUGUCCAUCACUUGGUCCUCCGCCUUACGCGCCUGUCUCUUCCUCCUCCUCUUGUCCGCGAUUGCGGUCGCUUGCAUUUCCCUCCCGGUUGAAAAGAUCUUGAAAGCUUUCUUGCUGUGGGUUAAGCAGGAUCUUGGACCUUGGGGUCCACUUGUGUUGGCAAUUGCUUAUAUUCCUCUUACGGUACUGGCAGUUCCGGCUUCGGUACUUACGCUUGGAGGCGGUUAUCUCUUUGGGUUGCCAGUGGGAUUUGUUGCUGAUUCUAUUGGUGCUACAAUAGGCGCAACAGCUGCAUUUAUUCUUGGUAGAACAAUUGGAAGAUCUUAUGUUAUUUCUAAAUUGAAGAACUAUCCCAAGUUUCAAGCCGUUGCUAUUGCAAUUCAGAGAUCUGGCUUUAAGAUUGUCUUGCUGCUUCGGCUUGUUCCCUUACUUCCAUUCAACAUGAUGAAUUAUUUGCUGUCUGUGACUCCUGUUCACCUAGGAGAGUACAUGCUGGCUUCUUGGAUUGGAAUGAUGCCCAUCACAUUUGCUCUGGUAUAUGUUGGAACAACCCUGAAGGAUCUUUCUGAUGUCACACAUGGAUGGAAUGAGGUUUCAACCACUCGUUGGCUCUUCUACUAUUCUCUCUUGGUGGUUGUUAAUGUGCCCACAAACGCCUACCUAGGCAUAGCUGAGAUUAUUUAG